AUGAGCCAAGAGCAGCCGAGGCGGACCCCAGAGGACGCCAUCCGGUAUGGCGACAUCUUUGCCGUCGAUGGCGAGCUUGCGGAGAAGCCGGUCACGCCCAGGGAUGCGGCGAUGAUGCAAACAGCGGAGAACGAGAUGUUCGGCCAGACCCAGAGGGGCCAUGCGGCCGCUGCCAUGCAGUCGGCGGCGGCGCGGAACGAGAGGGCCGGGCUCGUGGGCCACAGCGACGUGACGGAAGUCGCCAGCAAAGAUGGAGUGACCAUCACCGAGACGGAUCUUCCCGGCUGGCGCGUAAUAACGGAGUCCGUUGGGGGACAGGUCGUCAGUCAAUUCAGCCGGCGUUCUCCGAUCCCAACAAUGACGCCAUCCUCGAUCUAUCAGAUUGACGCCGGCAAAGACGGCAUUGGUUCUAUCACCAUCGGCGAGGCGCUAGAGGCCGCCGCUCUGACAGCUGGGCAGAAGCCCGUGGAAUGGAGCGACGCCGCCGCAAUCCAGGCGGCGGAAGUGAGAGCCACAGGCCGAACCACCAUAGUUCCCGGCGGAGUCGCUGCUGCCGCUCAGGCGGCUGCAACUCUCAAUGCUAGAACUCCGAGAGCUGAGGACAAGACCACAUUGGCCGACAUUCUGGGGGAUGCAACUUCUAAGUUGCCAUCUGAUAAACCGGCGUCGCGUCGAGAUGCGGAGGGUGUGGCCGGUGCCGAGAUGAGGAACGACCCACGUUUGAAUACUCAUCCUGCAGGGAUUGCGGCCUCGGUGGCGGCAGCGGCGAGGCUCAAUCAGAACAUGUGA